GAAAAAAUGAAGUGGCUGAGCUUGGUUUUUGUUUUUGGCCUGUUGGCCAUGGCAAAUGCAUCACCUCUGGUUCCGGAUAACGUUAUUAUCAAUGGGGAUUGUGUAAAGUGCAAUGUGCGAAGCUAGGCUGGAGGCUAAAAAAAAGAAUUUACUUCUUGUAACCGAAAUAUAAAGAAAAUAUAAAAUCUUUUCAUAUAA